AUGGCUCAGAAGGUGUCUUGGCUCAAGCCAGCCGCCCUCUUGCUGGCUGGCGUGUCUGGCCAGUCUCCAGUGGGCAAGGUUAUCGAGCUCUUGUCUGGCCUGGAGGCUCAGAUCCAGAAGGAGGCCGAGGAAGCUGCGAAGCUCAACAGCGAGAAGGAGGGAUGGUGCAAGGACACGGCUACCCAGCUUGGCUUUGAGAUCAGGACCGGCUCCAGCGACGUGGACAAGCUCACUGCCGCCAUCGGCAAGGAGGCGGCGUCGAUCAGUGCGCUGGCCAGCAAGGUCGACGAGCUCGCGGCCGCGAUCGCCAAGGACCGCGAGAUAGAAGCUAUUCAGGACGACGCGGACCUCGCCGCGGCCGCCAAGAUUCGUGGCGAGGAGGCGUCCGACUUCGCCCAGGAGGAGAAGGAGCUCACGGAGACCCUGUCCGCUAUCCAGAGGGCGAUCGGCAUCCUCGAGAGGGAGAUGGCCAAGGGCGGCGGGGCCGCCCUCGUCCAGGUCCAGUCCGCUGGCUCCGUGGUCCAGGCGCUGCAGGCCCUGGUGAAGGCGUCCGCCUUCAGCGCCGAGGACGCGGCCGCCCUCACGUCGUUCGCCGAGACGGUCCGGGAGCCUCGUGAGUUCUGA